GCACGGUCUGUCCGUAUCGGAGCAGACACCGGUCAGACAGACACAGACAGAGCUGCAGGCAGGACCGAACUCCGACCUCUUCACCGGACCGGAGCCGUUCGGGAAAACCUGGGGCAGCUCCAGCAGGCAGCGGCGGAGACCCUGAAGGCACCAUGGCUGUGUCGCUGCGGAGCUGGGCCGCCAACGAGGGAGGGAAGCACUUGGUCCUGAUGCUGUGGCUGGGAGCAAACGCCUGGCUGUUCCUCAACACUUUCCUGCGGUUCUCAACAGGGCAGCAGUACCACUACCUCUACAAGAUGCUGGGGGUCGGAGUGUGCAUCAGUCGGGCAUCUGCCUCUGUGCUCAACCUGAACUGCAGUUUGGUGCUGCUGACUAUGUGCCGCUCUGCGCUCACCUUCAUACGCGGAACGCACGUGGUAUCGAGCAGGAAAACACGCCGGCUGCUGGACAAGAGCAAGACCUUUCAUGUUGCAUGUGGCAUCGCUGUCUGCCUCUUCUCAGUUGUGCACGUGUCGGCCCACAUGGUAAAUGUGGUCAACUUCAGUUCGAGGUACUCAGAUGAUUUUCCAGCUCUCAACUUGGCUCGCUACAGAGGAGAGGACCCCAAGUGGAUAAUUUUAACAACAAUCCCGGGCGUCACUGGUGUCCUGCUGGUCCUUAUCCUCCUUCUGAUGCUCAUAUCCUCCUCCUACUGCGUUCGGAUGUCCAACUAUGAGAUCUUCUGGUACACACACAACCUCUUCAUUAUCUUCUACAUCAUCCUAAUGAUGCACAUGGUCGGUGGAGUACUGAAGUAUCAGACCAACGUCGAGGCCCACCCACCUGGCUGCCUCAGGCCCAAUCAGAGCAGCACAGAGCAACAUGUCGAUGACCUGGAACAGCAUGAAGAUGAUGAUAGCAGAUGUAAAGAGGAAGCUCAUUUUGAACCUCAUUACCCCCAGACUUGGCUCUGGGUGUCUGGUCCCCUCUGUCUCUACUGCGUUGAACGUUUAUACCGCUGCAUCCGAAGUAGUGCCCCUGUCACUAUAGUGACUGUAAUCAAGCAUCCUUGUGAUGUGAUAGAAUUGCGCAUGCUGAAGAAGGACUUCAAAGCUCGACCGGGACAGUACAUUGUUCUUAACUGUCCAAGUGUAUCUUCCUUUGAGAACCACCCCUUCACACUGACAAAGUGUCCCUCAGUGAACAAGGAAACUUUCGGCAUCCAUCUGCGAGUCGUGGGAGACUGGACUGAGCGCUUCACUCAGCAGCUGCUGCCCCAGUCAAGGAUGGACUUGGAGAUUCUUCCCAUGGUCCAACAGAGAAUGUACCCCAAGCUUUACAUUGACGGUCCAUUUGGAAGUCCAUCUGAGGAGGUCUUCAACUACGAUGUCAGCCUUUGUGUUGCUGGUGGAAUUGGUGUCACACCAUUUGCGUGUGUACUGCAUGCUCUGCUUGAUGGCUGGAGGGGCUUCAGGUUACAGAGGUUGUACUUUGUGUGGGUCUGCAGAGAGCUUCAGUCGUUCUACUGGUUUGCAGAGCUGCUAUGUGCCCUUCAUCAAAAGCUUUGGGAAGAGAACAGACCAGACUACUUUAAUCUGAAACUGUAUGUCAGUCAGGUGAACAACCUUCAGAGCAUUUCUGAGGAGCGAUUUCGCCCGCUUUCUUCGAGGAUGCUGGUUGGUCGACCCAGGUGGAAGCACCUUCUUGAUGAGAUUGGAAAAAGCAACAAACACAAGCGAGUUGGGGUUUUCUGUUGUGGACCAAAAGGCAUCUCCAGGACUCUCCACAGGCUCUGCAACUCAGCCCGAUCACGCGGGACAACAUUUGAAUUCAACAAGGAGUCAUUCAGUUGAUGGAACAUCUUGACUGGAUUUUCAUUCAACCUUUAAGCUUUUAAUCUGAACUACAUUUCUCAAUACCUUUGGAAUCUGUUCUUGUCAGAUGUCAUUUGGCAUUAAGGAAACGUCUAAAACACUCCCACGAUAAAGAUCAGCCUGACCUCCAGUUAAACACUUCAUUUGUGCCCCAGCUUCAGCAUGUGAUCGGUUCAAUAUGAAGCAAAAGCCUCAUUCUAAGAUUGUCCGCUUUUAAUCUGCCGUUUCUCUCAGCCUGGGACACAACGCCCUGUUGGAGUUCUGGUUUCAGCUGCAGCUAAAAAGUAAAUUUUUUUUGCAAUUAGUCUCUCAAAACAUUUGCAAUUCAUGAAAUAUAUGUAAAAUAUCAAAUUAAUUUCCACACUGAUAUGACUUUUAUUUUCAAGAAUAAUGCAAAGUAUGGAAUGAGAGAUUUUUUUUUAAUUUAUUGUAGUUUUAAUAAAUGUAUUAUCUAUUGUUAUGUAACCUGAGACCACAGUUUGAGAGAGUUCCUUUUGCAAUAACACCUACUGAUGACAGUGAAUCUGUCAUCUUACAUGCAAAACCAAAUUAAAAUGAAUUGAGUAUGAAACAGACGUGUGUUUGUGAAACUGAGUGACAUCAGUUGAAAGAAACUUUAAAAUCUCAUAAGGCAGAUCAUUCUGCUACCAGUAAAGGAUUUAACAGUACUUAAUGAAAUUACAGUCAGAUUCCUACUUUCAAAAAAUCAGACCUUUUUACUAUUUCAAAUAAGCA